AUGGAAGUUAGCGCACGAAUUCUGGGCAAGAUGGUUGAAAGAGUACAGUACCUGCCAAGCUUACAGGAGAAGCAGAAGUGGCUGUUUCCCAGAAGAAAUUUAACCAAAGGAGAUAUUGUCUUGAUGGUGAAGGAGGAUUGUCCACGAGGUGAAUGGCCUCUAGCAGUAGUUGAAGAGACGUGUAUCCAGAUAAGAAUGGACACGUUAGACAAGUGUUGAUUCGUGCAGCCAAUCAGACUCAAUAUCGACGUGAUGUUAGGACUUGUGCCUACUGGAGAAAUCCGAAUCGAAGUAAACGGGCCCAGCGGCGUAGCCAGCUUGGAUAAUUGGGGGGGGGUCCAUAUUCGUAUAUUCGUGUUCACAGACCUUGAAAACAAUCGAUUUCCAAAGAAAUUAAUAAUGCGGAACACGAAUAUAUGAAUAUGGACCCCCCCCCCCAAUUAUCGAGCUGGCUACACCGCUGAACGGGACUAAGUAAACGGGAUUAAAGAAACUCUAUUACGAACAGUUUAUAUAUGUUGUUGAUGUUAAGUUUAUUCGUUCAAUCUUACUUAAUUAUCGGACAAGCUUGGUGAUGACGUUGUUUUGGAAGUCGUGAGAAGUACGACAAUUGAAACAAGAGAAAACUUUACACUUGCGCAAGUGAAUUUUGGUAAUCGAUAGUACUGCGUGGGUCUCGAUCCUUUUUGAUAAUUUUUGAACGACAGUUUUGUAGGUCAUUCGCGGCUGGUAUAUAGGAUCGAGACGGUAAUUACGGUAAUUUAUGAUAAUUUAUUUUAAAUGCCCGGAUGAGUUAGGAGUAGUUGUUUUUAUUCCAUGUGCUUGGUCAUACAUAUGUAGUUUGUAGUUUUUUGUACGUGGAAGUGGCCUAAACACGAGGUAAAACACUUGAUUUCUGACUUUUUUGCUUGGGAUAGGUAUAGAUGGUGACGAACCUUUAAUUGUUUAUUUUAGAACCAUCAUCGUUUAACGAUUUUAUAUCAUUCGUUCAUUGACAUUGUAUAAAUAAACAUAUUUGAUCGAUUGUGUGUUGUUUUUUGCGUCCGUUUGAUGUGUCUCUCGUUGGUCAAAUAAGCUGGGAAUCGUUUAUAGCUUAUAACUACCAUUUCGCACAAACGUUUCAUUACUUUCAUACCAAAAACGGCUGUUAAAGCUCGGUCUUCUACCUGCAUGUAACUUACUGGCUUGAAAUUCUGGACUUGAUUCUAUACUUCCGUACAUUAAAAGGAGAAGCUUUUCCAGAUAACAAUGGCUUGGUCCAGAUUAAACAACAAACUCGUUCUACCCGUCAUAAUAACACUCAGUCAGGUGUUCUCACAGAGACACUAUCAUAAUACGUGAUAGCGCGUGCGCGUGCACACGCACGGUCGGCGCUCCGUAAAAUUAUUUAAAAUUUUGCAUCAAAACUAAACGUUAAAGUUUCGACUUCAUUGGAAAAUAGUGCAUAAGGAUAUUGUCUUGGGUAUUAGAUUGGCGUACUAUUUUUGGUUGUCUACAUCAAGAAAAAGCGUCAAAUAUCGCGGUUUUUGGUUUGAAUCAGGCUAUCAGCUGGAAUCUCAAGUUUUGUCUCACGCAAACAAACGAACACGCGUCAUCGCUCGCGCUAUAACGGCUGCCAAUUAAAAAAAUCUCAAUCAAUAUCGAAAUUAAUCAGAACAAAUUUAUAUUAAUUUCGUGGCGAAAUGGUUGUUUUCAAACGUAAACCUAGUGGUGGUUCUUUAGACUCAGUGGUGGUUCGAAAUUUCCGGAAAUCGGUUGGAAAGUUUUCGUGCAUGGUUUCCCUUUGGUUUUUCACUUUCACCAUCAUAUGGAUAUUCACAAAACUCGACAUGCGCCGUUCGGACUCAUUGAAUUCAGCGUGUCUUGACGAGAGAAUGAUUAGAACGAUCGACAAUAAUCGUUUCACGUUGUUACCUGUUAUGGUUUAUCGUUAUCACAAGAUAAAGAAACGUGUUACUGCGCCGCUUCACUUUCCCCAAUCCACCUGGAACAUGCACGGUUAGUUUGUCUAUCUCCACCUGACUUUGAUCCUGACUUUGACAUAACCAUUCAUAUGGAUGUCAAAAUUAACCCUGGUCCUACCAAACAUUCCUCGUUUCCAAGUCAUGACCACCUUAAAAGCUUGUAUCUAAACGCGAGAAGCUUGAAAGCUUUUGUACGUUCGAGUGAGGAUCCAUCCACUAAAGUGAGCAAGAUUUCUCUGCUUCAAGACCUGGUCUAUUCUGGGGACUAUGAUCUUGUCUGCAUUUGUGAAACCUAAAAAACCUUAAAUAAUACGGUGUUCAGUAGUGAAUUGUUAACCGGGUAUUCCAUUUUUCGUAAAGACAGGACUGGUCAAACUGGUGGCGGAGUACUUGUAGCUGUUAAAAAUGAAUUCAAAGUAUCACGACGUAAAGAUCUUGAAAGGGAAAGAACAGAAAUGGUGAUGGUUGAACUUGUCACUAAUGGUAAACCAUUAUUAUUGUACAUUUUCUACCGUCCUCUAGGAUCAACUUCAGAAAUUCUUUUUCAACUGAACUCCUCUCUAAAGAGUACUCGCGAAUCAAGCCGUUUAGUAGUGGUUGGCGAUUUCGACAUUCCUUCAGUGAAUUGGUCAAUAUAGACGAAUCUGCACCCAUUAACACAGGUGGACACGCGGCAGGAGAAAAUUUGUGUGAUGUGGUAGGGGAUAACUUUCUGCAUCAAUUUAUUAAAGGUCGUACACACAUCAAUGGAAACAAGCUUGACUUAUUGUUAUCUAACUGUCCAGAAAUUGUCGAAAAUGUUACCACUUUUACUCCUGGACAAGUGUUUCCAACUGAUCACCAUGCUGUUGAAUUUUGAAUUAAAUUAAAAAUUAAACAAUGCGAGCCAGUGCCACGUAAAGUGUUCGACUUUAAUAUAGGUAACUUCGAUGAACUUCGCAGUUCCCUUCUGCGCAUAUUACCUGACUUCGCUAUGUCAACGGACAGUAUCGAUGAUUGCUGGCUGAAAUAGAAAAAAUUGUUUCUUGACGCUGUGGGUAAAUUUGUUCCAACAAGGACCAUCAAAGACAAAAAAUCUCCGCCUUGGAUUGACGGAGAAGUUCGCCAUUUCAUAAGAAAGAAAUACGAUGCUUUGAGAAAAUUUCGGAAAGACAGAUCUGAUAUCCGCAAACAAAACCUGCGCGAACUAAGUCAAAAAGUGAAAUAUUUGAUAAGGGCAAAGCACCGCGAGUAUCUCAAGAAAAUCGAAGGUUCUUUCAAGGACAACCCAAAAUUAUUUUGGAGUUACCACAAGGCUAUCUUACACCACCAUGGAAAGUCAACUUCGAAAAUCACACAUAUAAUGGCAAAACAGCAACUACACCAGCUGGUAAGGCAGAACUGUUCAAUUCAUAUUUCUCUUCUGUAUUUCGUCCUCCCUCUUCGCAACAAGAUAUCGACAAUAGAAAUUUACUAGAUUAUCCUCCACCCGAAGUACUGUUAUCCGAACUCACUGUGACAGUCGAAGAUGUUACAAAUUAUCUCAAUGCUUUGGACAUCACGAAAGCAAGUGGGCCUGACGAAAUCCCUGCUCGUCUCCUUAAAACUUGUAGCAAUGAAAUCGCGCCAAGCCUCUGCUCCCUCUUCAACCGAUCGCUUGAAACAGCUCGUUUACCGUCGGAAUGGAAAAUGGCCAAUAUAACUUCAGUGCACAAAAAGGAUUCCCUUGAACCAACCAUCAACUACAGACCUGCUGUACAUAAUAAGCAAAGUUCUAGAACGUCUUGUUGGGAACGGUCUGCGUGCUCAGGUAAAACAUCUCAUCACAACCCUGCAACAUGGUUUUCAACGCAACCGCUCAUGUGCCACCCAACUGCUUGCAGUCGUCCAUGAAAUUGGGAAGAAUCUGGACCAAAAUGUUCAAACUGAUGUACUGUACUUAGACUUUGCGAAGGCUUUUGAUACCGUAGACCACCAGAUCCUUUUAAUUAAAAAAACUUAAACGUUUUGGUGUAAUAGACCGCAUGCAUGAUUGGUUCAAAGAUUAUUUGCAUCAACGAUUCCAACGAGUUGUUGUAGACGGUGCAAUCUCCGACUGGGUAAGGCCUGCUCUGGGACCUUAACUCGCCGCGAGAUAAGGCGAGCCUAUGCGAGUUAAGGCGAGAUAGGGCGAGUUAAGGAAAAAUCUGGCUACUGACCAUUGCGAGAUAAGGCGAGUUAAGGAAAAAUCUGGAUAUUGUAUACACACUAUGUAUUUUGCUUUGUUUGUGCAUUAUGCAAAGCAAGUAUGCUGUACUUGAAGUAGCAGGCCUAGAAAAGUGUUUUAUUCUAUAUUCUACAAUACAUACAUGAUAUGCACAAUAACUCGGGACCUGGAAACAAGUUGCAUCAAAACGAGGCUGGUAGCUAGAUGCCAAAUUGUAUAAUUUGAGGCAUUAUGCAUAGUGUGUAUAGAACUGCAUUGUUUCCUAAAUCUUCACAGUAUCAGUUGCUAACUUGCUAUGACUAGCUUCACCACAUAUUUUGUAAUUUUUAGCUGUUUUCAUGAAUCAUGACAUUAUCAAUUAGGUUCGAAUUUGUUUGCAAGCAGCAGUCCUUGUAUUCAAUUUUUAAUUUAAUAUAAACAUUGAUAUGAAACAAAGAGAAACUAAAAAGCUUGCUAGGAAAUUAUAGAUUAUUUACUAUUAAAUUUAGGACUUUAAUAACUAUUUUAAUUUAACGAAAUUUCGAACCACAAUGGCAUAUUAAAUGAUAACCAACGGUCAUAACACUAAAAUUAAUGCCCAACUUACUUGCUUUAGAAACGUAACUGAAUGUAAAUGACAAUGAUUCCUCUGUAUAAACUGUAUUAUUGUUUAAUAUAUUCGUAUUUCCUAUCAAGCCUCUGCUAUCAAGCUUUUAUAUUCAGAAUUCACUGCCUCUCAUUAACACUAACACUAAGUAUUGCAAGCAGAUUGUAAUUUUUCCGCUGAAGGGAGCAAUAUUUUCAAUAUCUGUUCCCAGACAGCAUCCCGCCCCCCUGGUAAACGGAAUCUUCCUUCCCAUCAUCGCGGUAUUUCCUCUGUGGUCGGGGGAGUCUACGCAGUCUAUAAGUCAGAAUUAUUCGAUUCCGCAAACGCAAUAUGGCGGGAUAUACAUCGACAUUUUAAAGUUUUUUAUCAUGUUAUUCAUGUAUUAAUUAUGAUAUUAAAAUGAGAUUCAAAAAGCCUUGUCAUUACAGAUUGUUUCUACUAAAUUUAAUGUUGGUCACAGACAGGCAAGCACGGUAUGCUUACUACAAUAUUCACCUUUAACUUUGCUUUUACUGUAAAUCUAUAUUUUCACGAAUUUUGUGAAUGUGAUUGUGUAUUAAAAUAUUUCUCCUAAAAUUCUGCAAGUAUCGUUGGUUCAGUAGCUCUGUUGCCGGUUGUAUAUAAAACAGUUCAACGAGUUUGAGCUGUUGAUAUCACAGAGACCUUUAUACUUUAACUGUGGUAUAUUAAACAGUAUUUUAGUAAAAUUUGAUAGUCAUGUGAUAGCUGCAUAAAAGUUAAGCAAGUACUUUUGAUGUUUUGAUAUCAUAGUAUAGUUGAAAUAGAAUAGAUAAGUGAUCUGUAUAUUAGUAUAUAUGGGAAUAUUAAUUUUCAACCAUACUUGGCAGUUUGGGUUUUGUUAUUAUGUUCAAUUAUUUUCACUGUGAUUUAUUAAAUACUGGGUAUUACUGUAGUAUGCCUGCUAAGGCCUGCUUACUGUAUUAAAGUAGAGUAGUUGGUGGAAUUAUUUGAUCAAUACAGCUUUAUAGCAUUACAGAGAAUGUAGUAAAUUAAAAAUAUGAUAACAUUUCAGAUAAUCAGGCUUACAUACUUGUAUGUUGAUGUCAGUUGCAAUGCCAAACUCAUAGAAUAUAUAAGUGAGUAUUGUGAGUCUAAAGAAUUUUGAUUGACAGUAUUUGUGUUUUACUGACAUGAAACUGUGCCGGUUCUUAUUGCAAAAUAGGGCGAGUUUAGGCGAGUUAAGCAAAAUUCUGUCGGCUUCUCAUCGCGAGAUAAGGCAAGAUUGGGCGAGUUGAGCAAAAUUCGAUCAAUUUAUAUUGCGAGAUAGGGGGAGAUAAGGCGAGUUAGGGCGAGUUAAGGUCCCAGAGUAGGCCUAAUAUUUUAUACAGUGAUUCAAAGAAAUGUUUUUGGAUAUACAUGUACUGUACAUGUAUAUGUUAUUGAUCUAUUGUUGAAUGUCACUUAUAUAUUAUAAAGUGCCAAUGGUUGGAAUAUUUAUUCAUUGAUAUUUUAAACACAGAUGAAGUGUUAUAUGCUCUUUCCUUGUUUACUACGUUUUCCUUGCAGCCAAAUGUUGUUGAAGCUGGCAAGCUGCAAAACUGACAUAUGAGUAAUAUGACCAAAGCAUUGGAUAUGCAUCUUAGUUUGCUUCCAGUAAAAUGUAAACAAGACCUUAAGAAUUCUAUAUGAGAUAAGAAAUAUUACGUUUAAAAUCAUGACUGGCAAAUUAGCAUGUGCGAAUUGAUGCUUCCUAAUAAUAGUAUGUACUCCAGUAAAGCUUUUAUUUUUUAAAGCACAUGAUCAGUGGAGAGUUGAUUUGAAUUUUUUGUCCCAGGGGAUAAAGGUAGGGAAUAGAUUUUCCUUAACAAAAGGGGCAAGGUGCCCAACCAGUUAGUCAAGAUGACAUGUACUUUAAGUGACCAUUCAUUAUGCCCUAGGGUGGGGUGGGAGAUUCUUAUGUCAACUUGUCAUGGGACCCCUUUUUAAUCUUUUAAUUUAAUAAUGGAGACCCCUGCUAAAUAUUUAAGACUAUAUAACAUGAUGCAAUUCUAAUCUUCAUUCAUGUGAAUGCCUGACUAUGAAGAAAAUACAUUUUGCAACACAGGGAUGGAUCCAGCAUGAUCUGAUAGGGGGGGGGGGGGGUUCCCUGAAAAGCAUUUAACAUUGAAAGCAUUUAACAUUGAAAGCAUUUAACCUCAACACAGAAAUCACUGACUUGGAAUCAAUCACAACUGAACUUAUUCAACCUAUUACCAAACGUCUUAAAGAAAAUUACCUCACAUUUUGGAAACACAAACUUGAAAAUUCUUCGAAACUAACCUUUUAUUCAACCAUCAAGAUAGAUUACGAACUAGAAAAGUACUUAUCUAUAAUAAAAGACUCAAACAAAAGGAAAACCUUAACACGAUUCAGAUUAAGUAACCAUAGCCUUCAGAUUGAAACUGGUAGAUACCAUAAUAUAGCCCGAGAAGAACGACUGUGUAACCUUUGUCACUCGCGAGAAGUCGAAAAUGAAUCUCACCUCCUCCUCACUUGCGAGGCUUACGGUGACACUCGAGUAAACUUUAUAAACAGUCUAAAAAACGAUCUCACUACUACUGAAACAAACUUAAACGAACCAACUUUAUCAGUUGACAUAAUGAAGUCAACUGCUAGUAACACCAUCCUGAAAUUAUCGAAAUUUAUUUUUUCGUGUUUUGAGGAAAGACUUAAACAACUUGAAGCCGGGAAUGCUGGUAGUCAUUAG